AUGAUGAAGAAGACGGACGAGGCGAAGCGAAUCCUGAGGAAAAAGCUGAACAACGAUAUAACGAACAUUCUGUUGCUAUUCGAGAAGGUACAAGAAUGGGCAGACCUGAGCAACAUCCUACAGAAGUUAUACCUAACAAUAGAAAAGUACGAUGUGUUCGUAGAUGUGUCAUCGAAAUUCCUCCUAUUUAGGAGGUUAUCGCAAUGUCUGAAUCCGCUUCUACCCUCAGGAGUGCACUCAAAAGCCUUAAUCAUCUAUUCAGUGAUUUUUAAAAAAGCGGAAAAAAGUUUCUUCAUAAAUAGCAUCCACAUAUUAUGUUCAGGCAUUUUUGAAUUUAUGUUACACUGCACAAUAAAUUUGAAAACAAUUUAUUUUAAAAAUAUAAAGAGCAUUUUAAACCUACGGGAGAAUGUAUACAUUUUUGCGUAUGCGUUGCUUCUUUCUCUUUUUAACGUGGUGGAUAGUGACAACAAUAUAUUGCUUUAUAUCUACUCUAUCAACAAUUACAUUGGGGAGAAAAUAUUUUUUAACAACAUAUGGUUACUUUUGCUGAGGCACACGGAAAUUAGGACCAACAUUUUACAUUUUUUGGAGACCUCUUUCAGUCCACAAAUUCAUCUCCUUUCCAAGGAUAGGAUUAACAUGUUACUUCCCUUUAAGGAUGACUUGGUUUUAUCGUCCCUUAUUUUUUGCCUCAAGGAUAAGAGCAUCAUAAACCAGAGGAUCACCCUAAGUUUGCUGAUUAAUAACUUUCCCCUCAGUCAAGUAAAUUUGAAAAACCGCAGGAAGGGGGGUCCUUUGGCUGCAGGUAGGAGUGUCGAUUACAUUCCACGUGGAUACCAACAUACGCCAGGAAGUGCAGAACAUGGAACGGUCGAUUCGUCUGUUGUGAGGUCGGCGUCGUACAGUGCGCGUACCGUGCAGGGGAGGAGCGGCAGGGUAGGUGAAGACGGAGUAACGGAAGACGGUGCGGUGACAUCCCCCCUACGCCUUUCCGAUAAAUACGAACGAGGAAAUUCCAAAAAAAGAUACCACAGUGACAACGACCCAGAGGAGGAAGGAAGUGGAGAGUACAGCAGCGGAUUGGCUAAGGCUAGCCACGGUAGUAAUCCCCUCAUGGGGAAAAUAGGUGCAGGGGUCAGUCAAUCAAUUUGGAGCAGUAACCAGGAGGUGGACCUAAACAACCGAAAUGCUUCCUAUGAAUAUCAGGAAGAGGACUCAUUUAGACAAUCCAGUAAGGAGGAAAAGUGCGAAUACAACGAGAAGACAUUGGAGAAGCACGAAGUGGAUGGAUUCGACGGGCACCCCGUAGAGGAGACCACUUUUGGUAGCGGGCUACGGAUCGAUUCACGGGACGGGUUUACGUCAACCUUCCCCAAGAGCGACGUGAAGAAGGUCAGAUAUGACGUCGACCUGGAGAGGCGCAAUGUAGAAGGGGUAGACACUUCCCACACAGGUCACCCCGUUAUUGCGCUGAAGGAGGAAGUCGACCCAUCCGGCAGCCCCUGCGUAUUAUUCAACGAGGUCAGUAAAAAAAUAAUAGCGCGAAAUGUCAUCUUCCUCCUGCAAAAGGGGGACAUCGGGUUGAACAGACGAAUAUUUAAAUACCUCUACCUGUUCGAAAACAACGACGAGAAGAACCUCAAAGAAGGAAUUAUAAACAUAGAAAAUUAUAAAGUCUUCGUAGAGACAGUCAUAGAUAUUUUGCAGAACAAAUUCCACGAUAGCAGUCAGAGCGUAUCCCACGUUCUUUACACUCUCCUAAAGAAUAGUGAUUAUGCAAAUAUAAACAGACAAAUCAUGGGUAAAAUUUUCCUCUUCCUUUUGAACUUCUGUUACAAGAAUCGGAGCGAUAAGAGGAUAAAGCAUUUUUUUAGAAACGUCCUGAUGUUAAACCUAAUUAGCUUCGACAACAUCAUGAGCAUUUUCCUCUGCACGUUUUACUUCCUCCUGAGGAAUUAUGAGAACAUGAUCAGGCAGAAUGUCGAUGGGUACACCAAGCGGUUCACAAAUCUUAUGAAUGUAAUGACAUACUUUGUAGACUUCUUACGUAGGAUGAAUCGAUACGUUUAUACGUACUUUUUGUUCUCCUUCAGUAUUGCCAUUUUGAGACUGAUGAGACGCUUAAACAUGGUAUUCCUCUCCCUAUUUGGGAAGUAUAGUCACGUGAAGGAACUCAGUGAGAGGUACUUUCUCGACAUGCACGAGGUGAUCUCCCAUCGGCACAGCUCCCUCUACUACUUCUUCUUCUUCGUCAUGCAUUACAAUAACUACUACCUGAACAAGUGCUUCGUGAUGCUGGGAAAGGAGAGCGCCUUCUUCCGUGGGGUUAUCCAUCGGGGGGGUGUAGUAUAUGGUAACCAGUGUGGUAACCAGUUUGGUAUCCAGUAUGGUAACCAGUAUGGCGUAUCUAAUCAAGUCCCCCUGCAGAACCAGGUGACCUCCCCCCCUGUGGAGGAGAAGAGGAACAAAAUGCAGAAAACCGGGGAGGUGCGCUCCUACGGGGUGGAGGAUGACCACAAAGCGGCAGACGGUAAAAUAAAAUACGAUAACUACAGCAAUGAGAAGGAACUGAAAAUACGGAUGGCGGACACGUCAAUGGAUUUUAAUAUGAAGAGGAAGGUAAAGAAGAAGAUGUUUGAAGGGGACCUAAAUUCCGUAUCCGCGUCGAAUACAAGCAGCGUUUAUAAGGUAACCCCUUUGCAGAGGGCAGACGGGGAGGUGAACUACCCUCAUCACGUCAAUAGUAGAUCCCCCUUGAACGAAGGUACAAGUAAUAGCAGAGGUCAGUUGGGGAGACCCCCCUUCGACAGCAACUACAGGAUGAAGCUCGAAAACGAUGAGAGAUUUUUCUCCAUACUGCUAAAGUAUAGACGAAAGUUGAGGCGCAACUUGAACGAUGCGAUUGUGAGGAACAGCGAGUUGUACUUUUUCACUAACAACUACGAAUAUGGCAUUUUCCUAUUCUACAAUUAUCACCUCCUGUUGGAGAAGGAACACGUGAACAGAAGCUGCUACUUUUUUUUGAGACACAUUUUGCGGAACUGCUCCUGUGAGAGUGAGGAAAAGUUUUACUUCUGGUGCGUGUUGUUCCUGCACGUGGUGAGGAUAAACUUCAACAGGGGUCUACUUAAAAGUUCGAAGGGGGGACAGGUAGAACAUGCGGAGGUAGGUAGUCCGUUGUGUACCGGCAGGAUGUACUACGGGAAGAGGAAGGGGGGAAAAGUUCAGCAGGAGGAGCAGUUGGGAGGUGUAAGUGACGUGAUGGAAAAUCAGGUAAAAAACCAAUUGAACCAACAGGGAGAGUGCAGCGAAAUGAAAAUUAUGGAAGAGAUGAAGGGGAAGAGGAGGAACAACCUGCUUAACCACUUUGCCAACAUGGAAAAGGAACUGCUCUUCAGUAGAGCCUUCAUGGAGGGGGUACUAGUCUACGCGAACAAAAUUGUUAAAUGCAUCUUCCACUACAUUAAGGUGUUAAGGAAAAAUAAAAAAUUCAUAAAAAUAUUUUUCGACAUAAAUAAUUUAUACUUCUUCUGCGACAAUAUGUACUGCCUGAAGAUUCUGAGGGAUUCGCUGAAAUGCAAGGAUAGCUACGAGUUAACAAUAAACGUGAGGGUCAUUCUGCAGUUUAUCCUGAAUAACAAAACGAGUGAGUACCAAAUAAUUCAUUCCAACUUUUACAACCUGACGCAUGAUCUGUUUAAGCUCUACAGUCGGAGAAAUACGCUGAUCAAUUUUUACAUGAUAAAGUAUAUAAAAAGUAAUAAGAAGAACUUAGCCUACAUUUUUGACAACAUAAUUAUAAAUAUGUUUGAUUUGAUUAACGAGAUAGAGGAGGGACUCUCAUCCUGCGGCAACGUUAGUGGUGCUGGCGUUAGUGGUGGUGGUGCUAGUUAUGAGGAGGUGGUAGUCAGUGGGGGGUUACCAAUCGUGAGCAGCGCAGCAACGUUGAGCGAUCCCCGUAUAAACGCACAGAACAACUAUGAGAAGCGCCUCAGAAAAUUGAAGUGCAAAUUUGACUACAUUAACUUUUUCUUUAUGGGAAUUGAAAACUUCAUGUUGUGGUUAUACAAACACAGGGUGAGUAAGAAAAUUUACAACGCGAGGAAGAAGAUGUCUUUGCAGAAUUAUGAGAAGAAUGUGAAUAUUGUAAUGUGCUACAUUUGCACGGAGGGGAACAUGAGUGCGUCCUACUUUAGGAACUACCUGGACGUAUUUUUCCUGCUGUUUCUUAAGAUCAUAUAUAUAAAUGAGAACGUGGGGGAGAUUGGCACCAGUGCGGGGGAGACCACCACGAACAAUAUCAACAAGGAUACCCAUGCCGUUAAUGAUGAGGACGCCUUUAACGCAGCCAACCCCACUGAUGCAGUUAACGCGGCCAACCCCGCUAGUGGCGGAUCUGCGCAGAAGGAGAAGAACCUGCUGAAGCAGAGCAUGCUGCUGGAGUUCAAGAGAGACGUGAUCAACCUGAUUACGCACAUAUUCUUCUGCGCAUACAGCUACAACAGGAACAUGGAUUACGUAAAAAUUAUGAACAGCUACUACAGGCAAAUUAUUCACCACAUCCUGUUUCUCUACUUUUACUUCACCCUGAAAAAGUACUACAUUCUGCAGAUCCAGCUCAUAAACUUUAUUAAAAAUAUACUUCCCCUGUAUGAGACCAAUACGGAUAAGAAUGUCUUUUCCUGUGAUGUGUUGGAAAAGGACAUCACAUUUGGCAAAGUGAUGAAACAUACGAACUAUGAGGAGUUCAUUCUAGCCAGCAAGUACCACUACGAGUUGGUUAAUAGAAAUAACCUGCUUGUAAAAAAUGACGUCUUCAUAUUUAGCAUCCUCAGGAAAAGCAUGACCAUUCUAUUCAACUUCAAUGAACAGGUAAUUUACAAGGAGGUACUAAAAACGAUCAUUUAUCUCAUUGAAAAUAUCAUCGUCGAGAAGGACGUGAAGGCGUACUACCUUACCGUCUUCUUCCUAGACCUCCUCUACAUCAUAAAAGCAGAAACUGAGAAAAAAAGGAAGAAUCUUUUUUUUAUUAUGAAAUUUUGUGAGUUUUUAAGUGAAGUUUUUAAAAUAAUUUACAAAGACGAAUUGAAGACGCAGCUGAAGUUUCCGAACAGAUUUGAGUACGACGGGAACAUCACCGUGGAUGACAUUGAAAACAGCUUGUGCGAAGGGAAGGUUUCCACUGCAGCGUUUUGCACCGUCUUUUCGAUCAAAACGGAUGACAAGUUUAUCACUAUGCAGCAGAAAAAUAUCUCCACUCUGUUUUCGGUUAUCUUCAAUUUGUAUGCCUACUUGAAGAAGAAGCUCAGACUGUACUGUCGGAACAAUAGAGGCCUCCUGACGCAGGAUGAUAGGAAUGCCCCCCCGAACAGCAGCCAUUACAACAACAACAGCAGCAGCGUCUACAACAAUAAUAGCAGCGUCUACAAUAAUAAUGGAAGUAUGUAUAAUGAGAAUGGUGCUCCAGUUGUAUCUGGCGCCGUUAGUGGAACGAUCGACCCGGUUGGUGGGACUGUGGACCCCCUUAACACCAGCAACAACGAUAGUGGUGUGUUUUCCAACGUGUUUGUUCAGGGAGGAGGUACUUUCGCACGUGCAGGCAGUCCUGUCAAACACGCAUCCAUGAACAGGGACCAUGCAGGGGGGGACUCCUCCGAUGUGCGUCGUAUGAGCAGUGCGGAACGCGCCGAGGAAGCCAUUCGAAUGAAUCAAGACGCAUUCAUGGAGGAAGAAAUGCUGAUUGGUAGCACGGUGGAUAGGGCACUCCGUAUGAAUGUAGAAACAGAUGCAGCAAUGGAUUCAGUGAUGAAUGCAUCGUUCGAUAAGGCAGCUCGGAUGGAUGCACUAGGCAGCAACUUAACGUCGAAUGUUCAAGGGGGUUCAUCCUACGAGCAGUACGCUGGAGGGAACUAUCCCUACGGAAGGGUGUCACCAACUAUUCCGAAUGGGAACAUGGGACAGUUGAAUGUAGAAAAUCUUGGCGUAGAGCAUCUAGGUGGGGGGGAACCCCUUAGCAUGGAAAGCCUCGGCGUGGGGAACGUUGCCCCUGUUCGGGGUGAAGGAACCUUUACAGGUGCCCAAAACUUGGUAAGUGGCAACGAGCAGCUAAUUUCAGGCAGCGAUUACCUGGUGCAGAAUUACGGAGGGGACAAUGGAAGUUUUGCCUUCCCAGGGGGCACAUACCCGAACGGGAAGUAUAUUUAUAGGGAAAAUUUAAAUAAACAGAACGACGUGGUGAGUCAAGGAAUAUACGGGAAGGGAGACAAUUUAAAUAACGCCGUGGUGGGGGGGGCCUAUCCAAGCGCGUACUACGGAACCGUUGGGUAUGAAAAUGAGAAGAUGCAAAUGGGUGGCACGAUGCCAAUGCAUGGGGAUGCACUGGUAAUGGGGGGAAGUCAGCAAAGAGGAGGUAACAUCGGAGGGGUCAGUCCAGGAGUAGGCCUUCUACGAAGCGACAUACAAGGAGGGGAUCUUCCCCCUCAGCAGAUGCACGAUUUGAAGAGCGAUCCGUUUAACAGCAAUCAGUUAGCUAGUAUGGUGGGUGAUGUGGGAAUGGAGACCGGCCCUGCAGGAAUGACCACCGGAGCAGCAGCACCCGCCUUGGCUGGAGUGACUUCUCUGGCGAAGGAUUUCAACUUCAACGCACAGAGUGAUAACAACACGUUUACGAAGACUGACGACAGUACGUUAGCCUUGUCCAACCGAAUGGAACAUACUUUCUUAUACAGGGGGAAGCUAAAAAGCAACGGCAUUUCAAACGAAGGGUCGAAGAGAAACAAGAAGAUACUCCUCCUGAAGGUGUGCCUACGGAACAUAAUUUCGAUAAAUAAAUUGCUUUACUUCGUGACGAGGAGCGAUUUCCUCUUUAUAGAUAGCCUUUACACCUUAUUUAAGGAGUACAUCUCGAAGAGGAAGGAGUACAAUCAGGAGAAGGAGGAGGAGUCGGAUGACGACACGGCUUCCUCCACACAUGAACACAGGAACAGGGACCGCUUUCUGAAGAGCGUCAUGAGGGUGGCGCGCAUGGGCAACGGUCAUCAUAUCGACGGGGGUGACGACGAGUAUGACGAUGAGGAUGAUGAGGACGACGAUGAUGAUAAUAAUGAUGACAGCGAAAACGACUACGAAAAGGACGACUAUAACGAUUACCAAUGGGAGGGGAAUGACCACGAUAGCUACUUCGACGACAGCGACAGCGAUAGUGACCACGAUGAGCAGAAAAUUAUCCAAGAGCACGUGGACCAUUUUGUUGACGAUAACGGAGCGAUCAUGGGACGGGCAAACAUGAACACAACUAGUGGGAAAAAGAAAAUAAAGAAGGAAAGAAUAAGAGAGUAUUUUAGGAGGGAGAAAAAAUUGUUAAAAAAAUUUAAUUUUAUUGGAAAGUUUGGAAAAAGCUCGAUGAAAAAAAGUAUGAUUGUUAUGAACGAGUCAGGUGAAUUUAUCGAAAAAAAAAAAUUAUCAUUUUCGCUAACUCUACUGACAGAAUUUCACGACGAUAUAUUGGUGAAAAUUUUGGACGAUUUGUUGAAUUAUUAUGAGAAAUAUAAGACAAAAAUUAACAUAAAUGAGUUUAUGUAUUUUGUUUUUCACAUUUAUUUGAACAUUUGCACACUGACCAAGAGAAUUAUCAACUGCUUUAUCGAUUUUAUGUUUUCACUGAUAAAGAAGAUUACGCAGACGUCUCAAAAUAUUAUGAGCAGCCUUUGGUUUUUGUACAUUCUGUUUGUAAUCGAAAAUAAUCAUCAGUACGUAUUUAAUGAUAAACUGCAGAAGAAAAUAAUACUUGAGCAGAUAAGCAUAUUGAUACAGAUUUCUCUUUACAGUUACUAUUCCAAGAAUGUGAAAAAUAAUUAUAACGUGCAGACGCCUCUUCCCAGUUUUGUCCUUCCCUUUAACAUUCAUUACGUCAUUCAGGAUUAUUUCAUAAAGAAAAAUUUUAACAUUAAUGAUUAUUCCGAAAUAGCUGCGAUCAACGCGUUGUCCUUUCUCCUUCUUUGCUUUUAUCAUGUCGUGGUGAAUAACACUACCUCGGGGGAUGGCACAGCAAGUGGUAAUAGUGCCAAUCACGGCACAACGCACGGUACUGGCAAUGCCGCUAUUCACACCACCUCACACAGUAACAACCACACCAGUGGAAACAACCAAAGUGGUAAUGCAAGCAGCGCCAAUCAGAUGAAGAGCUAUAUCUGCGAAUCGUCGGUCAACCUGUUUUACGAAAAUUUCAACAAGUACCUUUCCCUCAUUUAUAACAACAGUUUGCAGAAUGUGUUCUUCCGCUACUCCUUUUUGCUAAUCAUGAACCUGUUGAUCGAUUACAAUUACAACUGCAAGUACUAUAUAAAGAAAAUUACCUUCGAUUUAUAUGCAUACAUUACGAAUGUUGAUAUACGCUGCUUCAAAGCCUUGGCAAGUAUUUUCAAAAAGCUGAACGAGUCGAACAUAGAUGAGCUGUUGUUAGUCCCCACGAGCAGCAUUUUCUCCCUCAAGUUCAACAUAAUAAAUUCAAGGAUUAACUAUAUUAACAAAUUAUCGCUAAUCAUUUUAGCAGGGAAUCGAAAUUUCUACCUAGCGCACCUUCCAAAAAUUGCAGAGAACAUUUCGGAGUAUCUAAAAUUCUGCACCGACUUGAAGUUGUACCGAGAAAUAUUAAUUCUAAUUUGCACCAUCAUUAUUAAGAAUGACGAGAAUGAAAUAUAUAUUAUCAUCCCAACGUUCAUCUCGCUGAUUCUGCAGAUUUACCAUGUAGAGCGGAUGAAGUAUAAAAUUACCGUGGAGGACAUAAAAAAUGUAGACAAGGAUGAGGACAAUUAUAUUUACGACUUCAAUUCGUGCAACAAUGCAGAUGUGCUUUCUCUUCUAAAGACCCUUCUCAUUAUCAUCAACAUUUUGGUAAAACGCAAUGUUAGCUUUAUUAAUUUUUACUCGUGGAUUUUCUUCAAGGACAUUUCGAUAAAGAGGAACUCCUUUUCGGCGCACAGGGAUAUGGGCAACUACACCAGGGGGGGGACUAAAGACCUUUACCAAAUUGGGGGGAUUAGUGCAGGUGGUGCCCCUCUGCCAGGUCUCCACCCUGGUGUGCACAUGCAUGGCAUAGGGGGAGGAAACACGCUGGUGGACCCCCCCACCUUUGGAAGCAAAAUGGAGAACGACCUAGUAGAAAAUGAGCAUUGCGUUCAGGGAGUUACUUUCCAACAGGACGGAAGAACACCCAAAAAGAAUGUAUUGAACGAUGGGGAGGAGGACGAUAUAAUCACCAUCCUGUUGAACGCCAAUCAGGAGGAAGACCCGUUUAACAAAGGAAGCACCAUGUCGCCUACUCACAUUAUAAAGAACACCGCUUUGCAAAAUAAGGCAAAAACGGAGGAGGGGAAAUUUGUUGCCUUUCUAGACAUUAUUGAAAAGCUAUACACUCCUGCAACUACUAACAAGAAGCAUAAAUUGGGUACCGACGGAGGUGGUGACGCGAAUAGUGCGAACGAGGCGAUUACGGUUACUGGAGAGGGAAGUCUGAGAAGUACAACCCCGCCGCCCCCUGUUCAUAGUAGCAGAAAUAACCAGGCGAACGACCCUACGGUCGGAUUCCUCGACGAGAUGGAAAAUGAAGAGGGAGAUCUCCAAAGUGGCUAUUCCAACAAUGUAAAGAAGAACCUCUACUACUGUGACAACUACCUAAGUGAGUACAUAAUCAGCAAGAAGAAUCAGCUCUCAGGAUAUUCCUCAUGUGAAAAUAACUUAAGUAGCUCCUCUGUGAAUUCCGUAAGGAGUAAUUUCUCCAAUAAUUUUUCCAAAGAUAUGGGUGCAAUUUUGUCCGAUUCUUCAGAUGACCCUGACGUUAGCAACAGCAGCUCCAACGAUGUCACACAUCUUUCUCACCUCAUGCCAAAUGGGGACAAUGAUGAAGAGAUGUCCUCGGAUGAUAUAUACAGCAUGGCAAAUGACAAGUGGAACCAUGUGCAUUGUUUGCCUAAUUACGACAUGAACGAGUUGGGAAAGAAGAAAAAAAAAAAAAAAAAAAAAGUUUCCGUCCACUCGUGCAAGAAUAUCCCCCUCAUUUUGGUAUACCUGUCCAAAAAAAUUAAAUUAAAUUUUUACAAAUAUUCUAUGAAGAAGCCCAAGGACGAGACCUUCAUUCUGCUCAAAGAGUUGAACUCCGUGGAGAACGACAUCAACGAUUUGUUUUUGGAAGUGGACCUCAACCAGGUGUACGCCGACUUUCUCAUGAGGUAG